AUGGCCACUACCGUCGUCUCUCCUCCAUUAGGAAUUAAACGAGUUGGCACUCACAACGGUACCUUUCAUUGUGACGAAGCUCUAGGUUGCUUCAUGAUUCUCAGGUCCAAAUUUUACGAUGAACAAGUUGUUCGCACCCGUGAUCCUCAGGUGUUGCAUAAGCUUGAUGCUGUGUUUGAUGUUGGUGGAGUUUAUGAUCCAAGUCGAGAUCGAUAUGAUCAUCAUCAGAAGGGAUUUGAGGAAGUUAUUGGAUUUGGCUUCACUACUAAGCUUAGCAGUGCUGGUUUAAUUUACAAGCAUUUUGGAAAGGAAAUCAUUGCAAAAGAAGCUCAACUUGACAAAGAACAUCCAGAUGUGCAGAGGUUGUACUUAGCAGUUUACAAAAACUUCAUAGAGCUAUCAAUUAGCAAUUCUCAUCUUAUUCUUUUUUUCCCCUGA